UGUCAUAACAAAAUGUCAAACUAACGUCAACCAAGGGAACCAAAGCGGAGAAAAGAAAAGAGAAAUUACACCUAAAAUAUUUACCAGAAGACGAAAUAUCAAUAGUGGUUCAGUUUCAUGAAUUGAUAUUUUAUUUGUGCUUAUUAAUAAGUGGUGUGUAACUAUCCCAAGAUGUCUGUGCCACCGCAGGCAUUUGUAAACAAAAACAAAAAACAUUUCCUAGGGAUCCCAGCGCCCUUAGGUUAUGUCGCUGGUGUCGGUCGAGGUGCCACUGGUUUCACCACACGAUCUGAUAUCGGUCCUGCGAGAGAUGCCAAUGAUGUGUCCGAUGAUCGUCACGCGCCACCCGCGGCUAAACGCAAGAAAACUGAGGAGGAGGAUGAUGAUGAAGAUUUGAACGACUCCAAUUAUGAUGAAUUCUCAGGCUACAGCGGUUCAUUGUUUUCUAAGGACCCUUAUGAUAAAGAUGAUGCAGAAGCAGAUGCUAUUUAUGAAUCAAUUGACAAAAGGAUGGAUGAGAAGAGAAAAGAAUACAGAGAGAAACGUCUCAAAGAAGACUUGGAAAGAUACCGUCAAGAGAGACCAAAAAUUCAGCAACAGUUCUCAGAUUUAAAACGUGAAUUGAAAUCGGUAUCCGAAGAUGAAUGGUCAGCCAUACCCGAAGUUGGUGAUGCACGUAACAGGAAGCAGCGUAACCCUCGUGCUGAGAAGUUCACUCCAUUGCCUGAUAGUGUGCUCUCUAGGAAUCUGGGUGGAGAAUCUUCAUCAUCUAUUGACCCUGGAUCUGGACUUGCUUCUAUGAUGCCUGGGGUUAUGACUCCAGGAAUGCUGACACCAUCCGGUGACUUGGAUUUAAGAAAGAUCGGUCAAGCGAGAAACACUCUGAUGACAGUGAAACUGUCCCAAGUCUCAGACUCUGUAACAGGCCAGACUGUAGUAGACCCUAAGGGUUAUCUCACUGACUUGCAGUCUAUGAUACCCACUUACGGCGGUGAUAUAAAUGAUAUUAAGAAGGCCAGGUUACUGCUUAAGUCUGUGAGAGAGACAAAUCCUAACCAUCCACCAGCUUGGAUUGCUAGUGCUAGGUUGGAGGAAGUUACAGGCAAAGUCCAGUCAGCCCGUAACCUAAUAAUGAAAGGCUGUGAAGUAAACCCGAGCAGUGAGGAGCUCUGGCUAGAAGCUGCACGGUUACAACCGAGAGACACCGCCCGAGCCGUCAUAGCUCAUGCCGCUAGGAACCUGCCGCAUAGUGUCAGGAUAUGGGUGAAGGCCGCUGAUUUGGAGCAGGAGACUAAGGCAAAACGCCGAGUCUACCGCAAAGCCCUAGAACACAUACCCAACUCUGUUCGUCUAUGGAAAGCUGCAGUUGAACUUGAAAAUCCCGAAGACGCGAGAAUCUUACUCUCCAGAGCCGUGGAGUGUUGUCCCACUAGUGUAGAACUGUGGCUUGCGUUGGCCAGAUUGGAAACUUAUGAGAAUGCAAGAAAAGUACUGAAUAAGGCACGUGAGAAUAUACCUACUGAUCGACAGAUUUGGGUGACGGCCGCUAAACUUGAAGAAGCUCAUGGCAACACUCACAUGGUAGAAAAGAUCAUAGACCGUGCGAUCACAUCUCUAAGUGCCAACGGAGUAGAAAUCAAUCGCGAACACUGGUUUAAAGAAGCUAUGGAAGCUGAGAAGUCCGGCGCUGUUCAUACUUGUCAAGCCAUUAUACGUGCAGUAAUAGGUCACGGUAUUGAGCCAGAAGAUCAGAAACACACGUGGAUGGAAGAUGCUGAAGCUUGUGCAAACGAAGGUGCCUACGAAUGCGCCCGCGCAGUGUACGGCUACGCUCUCUCAGUGUUCCCCUCUAAGAAGUCUAUAUGGCUGCGUGCCGCCUACUUGGAGAAACAACAUGGAACCCGAGCUAGUUUAGAGGCUUUACUGCAGAGAGCCGUUGCUCACUGUCCCAAGUCCGAGGUGCUGUGGCUCAUGGGGGCUAAGUCUAAGUGGCUCGCUGGUGAUGUACCCGCAGCGCGUGGUAUCCUCUCGCUGGCUUUCCAAGCGAACCCGAACUCUGAGGAGAUUUGGCUGGCGGCCGUCAAACUCGAGAGCGAGAACAAGGAGUACGAUAGAGCGAGGCGACUGCUUUCGAAGGCUAGGGCUUCGGCGCCUACGCCGCGGGUGAUGAUAAAAUCCGCCAAGCUAGAAUGGGCACUAAACAACUUGGACGUAGCGUUGAAAUUGCUGGAGGAAGCUAUCAAGGUGUUCGCCGACUACGCCAAGUUGCACAUGAUGAAGGGACAGAUUGAAGAACAAAUGGAAAAGGAUGAGGAAGCACGUAAUACUUAUUCACAAGGGCUCAAGAAAUGUGCAACAAGUGUACCAAUGUGGAUAUUACUGGCGAGACUAGAAGAAAAACUCAAGAAUGUCACCAAAGCGAGAUCAGUACUGGAAAAGGCCAGGCUAAGGAAUCCUAAGACUGCAGAGUUGUGGUUAGAAAGCGUUCGUCUAGAAAGGCGGAACGGCAGCGCCGAGAUAGCGAACGCGGUGAUGGCGAAGGCGUUACAGGAGUGCCCCAACGCUGGCCGCUUGUGGGCCGAGGCUAUAUUCAUGGAGUCAAGACCGCAGAGGAAGACUAAGAGUGUUGACGCGCUAAAGAAAUGCGAGCACGACGCGUUCGUACUGUUGGCGGUGUCGCAACUCUUCUGGACUGAGAGGAAACUGAACAAGUGUAGAGAGUGGUUCAACCGAACGGUAAAAAUCGACCCAGACCUCGGAGACGCAUGGGCUUACUUCUACAAAUUUGAACUUCUUCACGGCAACGAGCAACAACAAGAGGACGUUAAGACUCGAUGUAAGACCGCCGAGCCUCACCACGGCGAAGCUUGGUGCAAAGUUUCCAAAGACAUCGCCAAUUGGUGCUUUAGUACCGAACAGAUUCUUCUACUCGUGGCUAAGAACUUGCCUGUACCUACGUGAAGAGGUAUGUUGUUGUAAUGAGUAGUAAGUAGGUACUAUACUAGGUAGGCAGUUAACUAAAGGUAAACAAUCUUGAUACUUUUAAUUUUUUUACACAGAACAUGUUAAAAAAUAAACUAAAUACUGUCUAAAAUAAUUAUUCAAUAAUUUUGGUAAUUGUUAUUGAAUUAAUUGUUAUUAAGAAAAUGUAAUUUCUUUGAUUUAUAGAAGCAUUAGCUUCCUCCCGCGGCUUCGCCCACAUGAUGCGCUGAUAAUAUGUUAUCUACAUAUAAAAUUUCAACCAAAUCGUUUUUGCGUGAAAGAAUAACAAACACACAUCCAUACAUCGUCACAAACCUUUACAAUUAUAAUAUUUAUUAUAAAAGAAGAAUAUUAUUUUAAAAUUAAGUUUGUAGUCAAACUCCUAUCAAGAUUGUUUGAAUUUAGUCAACUGCCUUUUCAAAUGGAGUGGGUACGUCGUGUUGCUCGACAGUGUAAUUUAAGUCGAUGUAAUUAGGUUGAAUUUUGUGUAAAUUCUGUGGAUUGUAGUACUGGUUACAAAAAGUUUUAUGUCAUGUUGAUGCUGGGCAAUGCUGGCGUAUCUAGUAAGAUUUUAAUGUUUAGUGAAAUGUAAUGUAAUUCUUACAAUUUGUCAAUGCUGUAGCUUAGAUUAAAACCGGGUACCAGGUGUACCAGAUAUGUAAGUAAUUUAAACUUUAUUCUUACAAUUUGUGUAUGUUAUAUGAAGUCUAGCCUUAUGUUAAAAGGAUUGGAAAAUAUUUUUUCAAUAACUUCUCAAUUAAUCAUUUCAGAUAACUCAGACCGUAAGCGAUUUUUUUAAAAUGUUAUUCUGUCUUUAAGAAAUAAUUCGGUCGUAGUCAUAGCAUUUGUGAUUUGUUAGAAUUAUAAUUAUGUGAAAUAAGACGUAAAUUCCUUUCAGGCUCAUUAUCAAACUGUUGUAAGUUGUAAUUCUGAGAUGAAAUAAAUUUAUUUAAUUCGAA